UAGGAGUAGCACACCACUGUGGCAGUGUCACGAGCCUAUCACUCCUUUAAGGGUAGUGGCUAUAUCCAUGAUUUGGUGUGCACGCCAAUCCGAGACACACACUAACUUACAAAGCUAAAAAUUCUAAGAAGGAAUCAGCAUAUGAAUAUUUAUCAUCAUCCACAGAUGGACCUUAGCAACAUAGUGGCAAAGUAGAAGCAGUCCUUUGUACGUAUGUGUUUGCUUGUCUCCUCAGCACCUUACACCAUUUCACAUCUUGCUGUGAUCUAACCUCUCAUCAUCACAACAAAUACAACUUUACCCUUCAUUGUGGUUUAUGCAGUCCCCCACAUCACCUACAAGUGUAUCAUUUCCCUCUUUCACAAAUCACAAUAGCCACUUUCUCUUAGUGAUAUAUAGCAAGGUCUAACUCUAACUAAUAACUCAACCCAAAGUUUCAAACCAACAACACCAACAAGGUUCAAAAUAUGGAGAUGAAGAGAGAGAUUAUUACCAAGGAGGAAGAGCACAAGGAGGAUAGCAUGCACACUAUAGUGUUCACAGCAGGUACAUUUCUUCUGAUGGUGUGUCUAAAGCACUUUCUAGUUGAGCAAUGGCGUGCUUGGGUUUUCCUCAUCCUCAAUGUCAUUUUGUUAGCCAUUUUAUUCAUGUCUAUGAGGCCAGCCAAGCUGGAGGAUCACAGUUCAGGAAGUGAAAUCAGUGUUGAAGAAGUGAAAAGUGACAAUAAUAAAUUAGAGAAAAAGAGGUCUCGAGAAACUGAGGAAGGAAAAGAUUGCUACACAAAACAAUGUUGUAGUAGUACUAGUAGUAGUACUUAUGUUCAUGUUGAGAAUGAAAAAGAAGAGGAUGAGGAAGAGGAAGAGGAGGAGGAAGAGCAGGUUCCAGUGCUGUCCAAGGAGGAAUUGAAUGAGAGGGUGGAGGCUUUCAUUGCCAUGUUUAGGCAGCAUUUGAUCUCUGAUGUCAAACAAGCUGAAAAUUUCAGUCUCCACAAGAUUGAAGUGUCUUGCUGUUGAGGCAUAUGUUCUAAAUCUAAAAACAGCUACAAAUUUUGUUUUAUUUUUUUAACUAUUUUUAUUUUUAUUUCUUCUAAAUGAUUAAGUAUGUACUUCACUUAUAUUGUUUGGAUUGAUCCAAUUUGCUGGCCUCUUGUUCACA